UCGUAAAUCCAACACCGCUUCUGUAAAAAUUCCCUUAAUCUGUGCGUGUGAGAACAAACAGAAAAAACAGUUUCUGUCAGCGCUUCCUGUGCGGAUGUAGACAACAUCCGGUGUGUUUGCAGCAUCAGCUGUUGUGGCCAAGAUGGCGCACCGCCUGGCAGAUUUGGAUGCUCCUCUGGACGCAGACCAAGCCGGGGACCAAGGGAAGGGUGUUUCGAGGCGCUGCAGAGGACGGCCCAGGCUCACGGACUCGGACCGGGCGCAGAGGCGCCUUGAAUCCCGGAAGAAGUACGAUGUCAGGCGGGUUUACCUCGGAGAGUCGCACAAGCUGUGGAGCGAGCUCCGCAGGCGGACCAGCCUGAGUGAUGCUGGGCUGGCUGAGUACCUGAUCCUCCUCAACUCCACCUACGGGGAAAAAUACCAGCAGAAACACUGCGGGAAGAAGAUUGCUGCAGACGUCUCUGUAAAACAGAAAAGAAGCAGGAAGCAGCGCAUGUCCGGCCUCCAGAGUCUGGUGCUUUGGUACCAGGAGCACUCGCACUCCUGCCCCCACGAGCCCCAGCUCCGAGCCCUGGAGCCCCAGCCCAACUUCUCCACCACCGCCGUCUGGAAGUGCGACUCCAACCACUCGUUCGUGCAGUACCUUUUCCCGCCACUGAGGGAGGCAAGUGGCUCCGAGCAGGAGGAGGAGGGUGAGGACGGAGACGGCGACGGCGAGGGCGCGGGGAAAGCACACGUGCCGGCGUCUAAAAGCAUCGUGGGCAGGAAGAGAAGGAAGGAGAAACACCUCAGAGAUGUGGAUGUCGAACAAACCGUGAGCCCCAGAGAAGAGGCUGCGGCCCCGAGCCACCAGCCCAGCACGGAGGCAUCUUCUAAGGACGCUCCACCGGCGGAGCAGCCUGUCUGGGAAAUGGAACAACAGCACAGCUCGCUCACGUCGACAUUUCACUCACCGGCAGGAGACGCCGAGGACGGGGAGGACGGGGACGAAGAGGAGGCCGAGGAUCUGAGGCGGGGCAAGGACGGGGCUGAAGAGGGAGUGAGGCUCAGAGAAGAGGAGAUCAGGACUGUUCAGCACGAUUACGAGUGCGUCACCGUGCCCGCGUCCUUGGCCGACGAGCUGGAGAAGGCGGACGAGGACUCGGUUUUGUCGCAGGGCUUGAGCGGAUCGGUCGCGCUGGGGGCUCAGCCGGAGCUGUCGGCCCCGCCGUCGAUGCAGGUCGAAGACCAGGGCGAACUGUUCGACCGUCAGACUUUACAGACGGUGGUGGCCGGCUGUGAGAUCCCCGACUCCCAGAGGGCGACCCUGGAGGGCUCGCAGCUGAUCAUCAUCACGGGGCCCAGCUACGAGGCCCUGGCGUCGGAGGGAAUCCAGCUCAACAUGGGCGGCGGGAACGUGGAGGAAGUCACCUGCACGGUCAUCGGGGGCGUCACCUACAACCAGGUCUGCUCGUCACACUCGAAGAUCAGAGCGGCGGACGACGAAGACUCCAUGACAGGUCUGAGUGACAAACAGCUGCUGCGUCCCACCGAUGACACGUUGGAGCUGAGUGGCAGCAGGGAGCUGCAGAGGAGUCUGAGCAGGUCAAAGAGAAGCAGACGCGGUCCAGUCAUUGAGGCUGACGGGAUGCUCAAGAUGUUCCACUGUCCCUACGAGGGCUGCAGUCAAGUCUAUGUAGCAAUUAGCAGCUUUCAGAAUCAUGUGAACCUAGUUCACAGGAAGGGGAGGACAAAGGUUUGUCCACAUCCUGGCUGUGGGAAGAAGUUCUACCUGUCGAACCACCUGCACCGCCACAUGAUCAUCCAUUCAGGGGUCCGGGAUUUCAUCUGUGAGACUUGUGGCAAAUCGUUUAAACGCAAGAAUCAUCUGGAGGUUCACAGGAGGACCCACACGGGAGAAACACCACUGCAAUGUGAAAUCUGUGGCUACCAGUGUCGCCAGCGUGCAUCCCUGAACUGGCACAUGAAGAAACACACUCCGGAGGCCCACUACAACUUCACCUGCGAGUUCUGCGACAAGCGGUUCGAGAAGCUGGACAGCGUCAAAUUCCACAAGCUGAAGAGCCACCCGGACAAGCAGGCGACCUGAAGCGAUCCGACUCAUCAACAGGUUGCACCUUCAGAAAACCAAAGGAAGUCUUCCCAUGAGGAGAAAGACUGUCCUUUGCUGUGCUUGUCGAGCCUCUAACGUCCGGGACGAGAGCGAAAUCGUCGCUGGUGUUCAUUCGGGGCUGAGGAUGAUGAUGAUGAUGAUGGUAGAAGUCGACUGGUCUAACAGCGGUGCUGGUCACAAGCUGUGUCGGAGCACGGGCUAAUUAUUGGUUUUGAACUUCCUGUAUUUAGUACUGUGUUAAAACCACUCCCGAAACAAUUCCUGACCUUCUUUAAACGAUUGUUGACUCACCUUGGUAGUCUUAGCAAGCGGAUCUAAGGUUAAUUUAACUAAGAUGCUGUUAUUUUUAUUUUUUUUUUACUCGUCAAAAACCCCAAAUUACAAAAGCAUUAAAGCUACACACGUUAGCAUGGAGGGCUAAAUAGCUUACGAACUGGAGUAGUCACCAUUGCUUUUUGAAGAUGUUUUUCUUGUUUUCUGAUAUUUUCAAAAGCAUUAAAGCUACAUAUGUUAGCUUGGAGCGCUAACUAGCUUACUAUUUACACUAGUGUUCGUUGCUUUCAGUGCUAGUGCCACUUUACAUAACAUUAUCAUUUCAAGUUACAAGUUAAGUUCAAGAAAAGGUCACAUUCAUACACUCUGUAGUAUUUCCCAACUGUGAUGGAGUCAGUCCAGGAUGCUACUACUCAGAGGCUAUUUUUUGCAGUUCAAUUAGUUUUUGCUAAACCAGUCCUGAGCAAUUCCUGGCCCUGUCUUUAUUCAUCCUGGCAAAUAUAACAAAGGUUAAUACAACUAAGAUGUUUUCUUGUUUUCUAAUAUUUUCCAAAAAAAGAACCUACAAAAUCAAAAUCAUUAAAAGCUACAUAUGUUAGCUUGGAGGGCUAACUAGCUUACUAUUUAUACUAGUGUUCAUUGCUUUAACUGCUAGUGCCACUUUACAUAACAUUAUUAUUUUGAGUUACGUUCAAGAAAAUGUCACAUUCACACACUGUGUAGUAUUUCCCAACUGUGGUUUUGUAUUGGACACUUACAUUUUUUCCUGACCCUUUGUUUUAUCACCUUGGUAACCUUAGCAAAUUGAACGUAAGGUUAAUAUAAUUGUGGUGGAGUCAGUCCAGGAUGCUACUAAUCAGAGUUUAAGCUAACCGUAGCAGCUCUAUUUUUGAAGCUAAUACUCCAGCAAUCCUAGCUAAUCCUGCUAAUAUUUUUGUAGGCUUUAGAAAUGGUUAAGCAGUGAUCUUUUAAUUUUUUUCUUAAAUUGUCUCCACAAUGCUCCCUUUAAAGAUUUAGUAUGAUUUAAAUGUGACCUUUAACAUGCCACCAGGAAAUAUUACCGAUUACUGUGUUACUGUGAGACGCUGCUCCAAAUGUUUGUAGAAUAUGUUCCAAAUUAGGGCUGUCUGAUCAACAUCGGGGUUUCAGUGUUGGGUGUUGCACUACUCUGCAUGCACAGAUGCAAAUGUUGGUUCCUCAAUUUCACUCAUUCAAAGUAUCUAUUUUAAUCCCGCAUUACCCCUUGAUGUAUUUCAUCUAACCAACCCGACGUCACAACUCGUAACCACCAGUGGCCUGUGAGUUUAACGUCGCGGUUUCUCAGGUAAAUUCACCCUAGUCCUCCUGUGUGUCAUUGUCUUCUUCUGUCUUUGAAUCGGUUUCAAAGCAAAUGCACUUUUUUUUUUUGUCUUCUGUCACUUCUGUCAACUGGUGAAUCACUAAAAUAUGUGAAUA